GACCCCCACGGGGGCCUGUACGUCCCGUCUGGUAACGACGACGACCUUUGCAGCCACAUGGUAAACGAGCUCAGUUCUAAGGCCGCGCCAGCGCAGCCAUCUAGCAGCAUGCAGAUGGAAGGUGGAGACCGCAGGUUUACUGAUGGGCAGCACAAAGGCCAAACCUACGAAGAGGUAUCAAGGAAGGUAGAGUUUGUGAAGUGGGCGCUCCUGCAGCCAAGUAUCCCAGAGGGAACCUACAACCCGCGACCCCGCGGCAAGGGAUCAAAGAAGGUACCACCGAAUCCGCCCAAGGAUCGACCUGCCGCGACUGUGGCAAUGUCGCAAGAGCGCGGCGAGCACGCGUACACGGUAGACCCCGUACCCCAGAGUUUUCACCGAGAACGGAAGGCCGUCUCGGAGAAACUAGUUGAGGCCACCGAGCAGGAUCGCGUAUCCCAGGCGAUUGCGCUGGAGGAACGCAUCCACCCCGCUGCACUACACGAGUGGCUGCGCGAGGCCAUUACGGCCGUGCUGACCGGAGCCCGGCCAGCCCCAUCUGGGGAUUUGUCCCGACCGCCAUGGUUGCCCGAGGCAGCUAGACAUGAAGCCAUUCUCCUAGAAAGCUUUCGCGCGGACGGCAAGCUCCACGAUCCGUUUCCGGGCGAUUCCUCUGACGAUGGUGCCCCUGGAAGUUACAAUGUAGAGGAAUUAGACGAUGCCCUCGAGCGCCAGGCCGCCGAGGACGCACAGAAGGAGCUGGACGAAGCUUUUGAGCGAGCUCGUCAGCAAAUCGCCGCCGACGAUCCAUUAUUGUCCUCGACUCUGCCACGGCCCCUGCGAAUAAGCUUGGUGUUCGUCAUGUGGCCGGCAGAGAACUCCAGCGCUUGGAGUAUCAGGCCCGCAAUCCAAUCCACGACCAUUGACACGGACCGACAGAGCAAGACCGCGAUGGGGCAAACCGUGCUCAAGCUGACGCCUGGCAGCGUCGACCUCUCUGCCACAACCUCAUCGUCCAGUGCCGCGCCCGAGACGAGCGUCCACAACAACGACUUGCGUGAGCUGAACGACCCCCAUGACGGGCGCUCGGUUCAUGCACUGGGCGGCACCCAGGAAUCCUGGAUGGGAUCCUGGCUGGAGACACGCUCUGGACGAACCCUGUUGUCACUCUGCUUUGCGGACAUCGAGAAGGCCGUCGACGGGUACAAGCUGACCAUCAUCCUGCCCUUCUGCACGUCGAACCGAUACCGCAGCGUAGCCAUUGGCACGCUUAUCUCGGCAGGGCUCUACGUUCUUGGGAUGGACCACUUUCUUGGCCAUCUCCAUGCAAACGAGAACUGCUCUACCAUGAAGUGCGGAGGCAAACGUGCAAAGUGCCGUG